AAAAAUAGAACAAGGAACUGCCUCGUUGGCUCUCGUUCAAAAGGUCGAAAGGAAAAACCAUCUUCAGCUACAUCAGAAGAGCAAAAAGUGGUAGUGGGACUGACGGAAAGGAUGUCUAAAGAGCGAACAGACGACCAUCUUCAGCGACAACAGGUCCAGCCCUUGCGGGAUUCGGAGGAGAAAGAGGGAGACAAGGAGUUGGAUCUGGGAACUGAGGCUCCACUCCCCCUCACCGUCACUCCUCGGUUGUUGUUCAUGUUGGGCGAUAUAACGACGGGUCCGGCUCACGGGUUCAGCCAGUGGCUGGAAUUGGUGCGCAAGCGCAGUGGCCGUUACCCAUCUUCUGGCUUCCCCCAUCGCCCCCACCGUAUCCAUGAUGCCAUGCCACAAUCUGGGACUGAAGCUUCGACUAUUGAUUCAGAUUCAGCUCUAUCCCCCGAGCAGUUGUCAGAAAUUAGUUUGUGGGAAAGACUAGGGAAAGCUGCAAUGCUUAAUAUCGAGUCGAGCUCUUUCUCAUGGGCCAUGCUUUCCUCUCUUCACCACACUGAGCACAACAGUAGCACUGAACAUUCCGAGGAUGAAAUGAAUAAAGCUCUUGAGGUGACUGUCAAUUCCGGGGGAGUUGUCUUCUUUGGGCUAUUUAAUCUGCCUAAUAUUGGUGAUGCAUUUCUAAAGGAAGCUGUUGCUGUUAUAAAGAUAUCAUCAUCUAGGAUGGCCACGCAAUCCGAACGCCUUGGCUAUGAAUUUGCGAAGUUGUUGGGCAUCCAAACUCCACAGGCCAGAGUCAUUCAUAAUUCUAGCCUCGAAUGGCUUCAAAUAAAGGAAGCUGCGGAGAAAGCAAAGAUGACAGCAAUUUCAGAGGGAGAUGAAAUUGGUGAAGUGACAUGUGCAGAACUCUUGGAAGCUCUUGAGCUCAGUCGAUGCCUUCUUCUGAUGAGUUAUGUACAUGGGUCUCCGUUAUUGGAGAGUUCGACAGCAUUUGAGUCUCGGGAAGCUGCAGAAAAGACAGCAGCAGCUCUUGGCAGGGUCUUGAUGCUGGAUCUUGUCAUCAGAAAUGAAGACAGGCUUCCUUGUCGUCAGCUAAGGUGGCGUGGAAAUCCCGCAAAUCUAUUAUGUGCUGACAAGAUGGCUUCCACAGGGGCAGAUGCAUUGGAGGAGGCUUUUGAUUCUGCCGUCCAGAGGUACAGACCGAGGGUCCUUAGAGCUCUUCAGAAGGAAAGGAGGGCAACAUCUGUUGAUAGUAGAUUGAGCGUGCAUAAUUCUGCUCUCAUAUCACAGACUUCCGACCUUUCUGACAUCACUGAAUCACCGAAAUCUGGCAAUAUGAGCCAAAAGAGUGGGAUGUCAAAUGAGUCAACAUCAUCUGCUUUUCACAUUGUGGCAAUUGACUCUGGUGUGCCACGUCGACCUCCACAAGGAAAACGGGCAAAUGACCAAGCAAAUUAUCCCAAGUUGGUUGAGCUGCUUCUCAAUAGUCAUGAGUACGCUUUGAACUUGUUGCAUGAAAUGAGUGGCAGCAGGUUAGGAUCACCUCCUUUGUGUGAUGGUGAAAAUAUGGACGAGAUGUGUCUGGCUGAGGUUGCCUCUGUUGUCCAUGAAUUUCGCAAUGGAUUCCGUGCUGCUCUCAGGAACCUGCAAGGCUUCCAUAUUUUUUUACUUGCUCUUCACCAGAAACUGGAUUCCUUAUCGCGAUCAUUUUUCAACAUAAUUAACAAGACAUCUUUGGGGGAUUCUGACAAAGAGGACCUGGUGGUUCCUGAGUCACCCUCAGCAGCUGCUUGUGUUCCUAGCUCUUCGCCUAAUAAGGAACGGGGUACUCCUCACCAUAUAGAUUUAAGUGAUUCAGAGUUGCAGAGAACCACACCGAGGUCAUCUGCAGGAAAUAAAGAAAGCUUGGAUUCUAGUUCUCCUCUUUCGCGAGAAAAUUGGCAUGGAAAAUUCUGCAAAGGGAGUGGAGAGCCCUUUCGUAGCCUGCGCUUGACGGCAAAAUUACGUGACUUCCAUAAGUAUGCUAAGGUUGAUGCUGAUACAAGUAAGGAUUUGGAGCAGUGGAAUGAGAUGCUUAAGAACGAUGCUGUAAAACUUUGUCAAGAAAAUAAUUUCAAUACAGGAUUUUUUGAGGGGAAUGAUAAUAAUAGUGUUAUUGAUGCUUAUGAAUUGAAGGUUAGACUGGAACACAUCCUUGAAAGGAUAGCGUUAAUUUCUGAAGCUGCAAAUACGGAGAGGCCAUCUUCAAUUACAAGUAGCUUGUUUAUUGGUGGGGCUUUGGCAGCAAGAUCAGUUUUUACGUUGCAACAUUUAGACAUCACCCACGUUUUAUGUUUGUGUUCCAAUGAAAUUGGACAGUCGGAUUCUCAGUAUCCCGAUCUGUUUAAGUACAAGAACUUCUCUAUCAGCGAUGAUGAAGAGACCAAUAUCAGCAGUAUUUUCUCUGAAGCGUGUCAAUUCAUUGAUCAUGUAGAGCAGAUAGGUGGGAAGGUGCUCGUUCAUUGCUUUGAAGGCAGAAGCAGAAGUGCCACAAUGGUGAUUGCUUACUUGAUGCUCAGGAAAAAUUUCACUCUAUUAGAAGCAUGGAAUAUCCUUAAACGAGCUCAUCGGAGAGCACAACCAAAUGAUGGGUUUGCUAGAAUCCUUCUGGAUCUGGACCGAAAGUUGCAUGGGAAGGUCUCUAUGGAAUGGCAACAAAGAAAACCGGUCAUGAAAGUUUGCUCCAUCUGUGGGAAGAAUGCCGGCCUCAGCAGCAGCUCACUCAAGCUGCAUUUGCAAAAGUCCCACAAGAAGCUUUCGUCUGGGAGUGUGGAUAGUGCAAUGACAAUGGAAAUACAAAAAGCGCUGACAGCACUUAGAAUAAGUCGAAGUGGAAGUGUCAGCCCCACAAGCAGACGAUCUCGUGCAGGAAUGGAUGAGUAGUAAAAAGCA